AUGACUUCUUCCGCAACAGAAAACGGAGGCGUUCGACGUAGAUUACGACAACGAUGGAAUCAACUUCGAGGAAGGUCUCGAAGUCCUUCGAACGAUAUGGGUAUUUACUUACCCCAGAAUACCCAAACAGGCCCAAGUCUUGCAACCAACCCGAUUUCAAGUUCGCGGCCAUCUGCUGCCAGCGCAUUGCCUCUUAAUCAAGCGAACACUAUCCCUAGGGAAUCGACCAAUAUUGGGGAUGACGAGGCUCAAAUUCAAACUGACCAGAUCACCGCCCAUUGGGACGAACUCGAACAACGCCAGACCGCCGGCGGGCCGAUUCGUCGUGAUGCCGCCGGCAGCGUUAUUGUUUCUUCGAAUCUUUGGAGUGCAGCGUACCGUGAGGCCGUAGAGAGUCUGGGGGAGGAAAUAGAUGUUGCCAUCCUCAAGGGAGAGAAUGUCGCGCAGUUAUUCACAAAACUUGAAGAGAUCGACAAAGACGUAACUCAGGAAUCUGCCUUCGUGAGGGGUGUUAGGUAUUUGCAUUCUAUACAAAAACCUCUAGAAACUUUCAAGCAAGCAUUAGAUCUGGCCAGUCCACUGGCAAACCUUGAGCCGACUGCAUCAACGGUUGUUGGUGUUGUCAGAAGCGUGACUACGAUCAUUAUCAGUUUUGCAACCGCUGAUGCGGACUUCGCGAGCCAAAUUACGGAAAUGCGAGAUCAAAUCUCCUACAUCGAUGAUUGUGACACCCUUGGUCAAAAAGUGAAUAAGAAAGAUAUUCACAAGGCACUGGUGCUGGUAUACCAGAAACUCCUAGAAUUCUACAAAGUUGCAUUUGAGACAUUAACCAGGAAAGGCGCAAAAUUAAUAAUGAAAAUAAUCUUAGAGAAUGACCGCCUUCCAAAUAUUGUCCAAGAAUUCUUGAAAUAUUCCGAGUCCCUCCGAAAACUUCUAGACAAAGCGACGCUCGAGAUUAUGGAGGAAAUGAGAACUAUGCUCUAUCAUGAUAGAAUUUCUGGCUGGCUCGGUGGUGACAAGUUGCUCCCUCAAGAUCAAUACCAUAACACUUUACAGGAUCUCCGAGCUAAUGAGGCCUGCGAUUUCUUACUGUCAAAUACCAACUUUACCAACUGGUAUCACGCGUCCGAUUCUCAGCAGUUAGCGAUCGUCGGUCCUAUGGGUUGUGGAAAAACGGUUGCCGUGACUUUUCUUGUGGACGAGCUGCGCAGAAGAAGCGAGGAUCAAGUCCCGAAGCCCAAGAUAUGCACAUACUAUUGCCGGGACGACGAGACGGGUCAAGCUGUCUAUAUAUUCUCUGCUUUGAUUCUAUCACUCCUCAAUCAACUCCCUGGUCUGAAAAGGCCAUUCUUCGAGUGGUAUGAUCACGCUCUGACUUCUGGAAUGAAUCCAGCAGCAAGUAGUAAAAAACUGGAGGAGUUCCUGCAAAGGCUGCUAGAAUCAGUCGAUCGCCCAAUUUUCAUCAUCAUUGAUGGUCUGGACGAGUGCGGUAGUGCAUCGCAAAUCAUUGUUCUCGAAUUUCUGAAAAUAUUGUCACAAAAGAUCCUGGGACUCAAAACCAUACUGUCUUUCCGUCCUCAAGAAGAGAUCUUGGAACAGCUCGACGUAAUGCCUAGGAUUGACCUAGGUUCUGACGUUCAACGAGACCGCAUCAUCGUUGAAAAAACAGUUGAAACUCAGUUAGCUAGGCUAUCGACGAAUGUCAAAGCUCUUGUCAUAAAGAAGCUAUCCAGUUUAGCUCAAGGAAAUGCUAUAUGGACGAAGAUGAUUGUUGAGCUUAUCAAGGUAAAAAAAAUCAUGGCAGCCAAUCCGAUGGAAAGAUUUUUGGAAGACAUACCACUACCCGGAAUGCUCACGGAUCUCUAUGUCACCUUGCUUUCACGCUGCACAUCGAAUGAUCCCGAAAGUCUGGACCUAGCUUGGAUAGCUUUGAAACUUCUCUCCAUCAGCCGCAGACCUCUUAGCAUAUUGGAGCUCGCCUGGGCAGUUGCAUUGGGUGCGGCUCAACAUGUUUCUACCGUGGCGGCCCUUGAUCGGCUAGUAGAUCAUCAAAGAGUAAUGAGUUUUAUCCAUCCAUUCAUUGCUCCCAUCGAUUUCAAUGACUUAAAGAAGCGUCAAGUUCGACUCGUACACCAGUCGGUGAAGGAGUUUGCCAUCGAGAAGUUCGUCAUAAAAGAAGGCCCGGCCUUAAACGAAGGCGAUAAGAUGAUUCUUCGCCAACGACGUGUUGAGAACCUGGAAGCAUUUACCUUGGAUAUUUGCAUCAAAUAUCUUCUUUUAGAUGAUAUUGGCAAUAGGGAUCUGUUCUCUGAGGAGCAAGUGGCAAUCGCAGAGCUGCCCCAAGAAUCUAACCUAUUUAAUGAUAGUGAAGAGCCUGUCGAGUACGAUCCAUAUUGCACAUGGGAAUCCUGGGAAGAAAAUAUGAUUCGCUACGAUCCGACUGAUCGUGGUUUUGGCGAGUUCUUCGUCUACGCAUCAUGCUAUUGGCUAAAACAUUUCGGCGCUAUCAAGGCCGAACCUCUUCCAGGCCUUGCAAGUAUAGAGAGUCUGUGCCAGGCGGGCUCAACUCGUCUCCACAAUUGGAUUCAACAAAACUGUCGCCCAGGCUGCGCAAUCAACCCUAGAUUUCAAUUUGAUAGUAAUCUAUAUGAUCCUCUCAGCAUCACUUCGCUCUAUGGCUCAGAAGCCAUGCUACGUUAUAUGCUUGAGAAUUCGGACUUCGACAACGAGAAGUUUCUUCGAAAUCCUGCCAUGGAGGCUGCUGAUCAGAUUCUCCAGUGGGGUGAAUUAUCAAUGCUUAGGAUAUUAUUCUUAGAGGAUAGAUUUUGCCAUCAGCUGCAAACGCUUGACUUUUUCCACCUCCUCAUUAAAAACUGGUCUAAUCCUAGAACAAAUCGCGACAACUGGGAUAUUGCAUUUGACCUCGUUGAUUAUGUGUCGGAUAAAAUGGUCCAGGAACAAUGGUGCAAUGAACUGUUGAGCAUGGCUACUGGUGCGGGUUGCACGCCCAUAAUCCAACGUCUGCCUGUGACUAGUGGUACUUGGUAA